AGCUGCAUGUCAAGACAGACACUUCAUCAGAUCUUCUGUUUUAAGCAACGACACCUGUGAAGAUGUCCAAUCCCUCCGCUUAAAACCGCACCUGCUAGAAGAGAAGAUGUCCACAAGCCUGCCCGAAGAGGAUCUGUCCUGUCCAGUGUGCUGCGAGAUCUUCCAGGAUCCGGUGCUCCUGCCUUGUAGCCACAGCUUCUGCAGGAGAUGUUUGGAGCGUUUCUGGAAGAGUGCCCUGCUUCGCAGCUGCCCUGUCUGCAGGAGAAGAGCCUCCAAGAAAAGCCCUCCUUCAAACCGGGCCCUCAAAAACCUGUGCGAAGCCUUUCAGCUGGGAAAAGGCCAGGGGAAUGCAUCAGGAUCCAACCUCCUCUGCUGGAGACAUGGGGAGAAGCUUAAACUCUUCUGUCUGGUGGAUCAGGAGCCCAUUUGUGUGGUUUGCCAAGCCUCAAAAAUGCACAAAGGUCACGACUGCUCUCCCACAGAAGAGGCGGCUCUCGAAUGCAAGGAUAAAAUCUCUUCUGCCAUUAUGGUUCUUCAACAAAAGCUGGAAGUAUUUAAUAAAGCAAGACAGUCUUCAGCCUUUAUCUUGGAGCACAUUAAAACGCAGGCCCAGCGGGUCGAAAGACAAAUGAAGGAAGAGUUUCUCAAGCUUCAUCAGUUUCUUUAUGCGGAGGAAGAGCGCAGGCUAUCAGCACUCAAGGAGGAGGAAGAGCAGUGUGUCACGGCUGUGAAGAGCAGAGAUGAAGAUUACACAAGGAGUAUUGGAUCUCUCACUGAAUUAAUCAACACAAUGGAGCAAACUCUGAAAGCUGAGGAUUUAACACUGCUGCAGAACUUCAAAGCUACAAUAGAGGGAACAUGGAGCACAUUGCAAGAUCCAGAACGCAUGUCAGGAUGUUUGGUGGAUGAAUCAAAAUAUCUUGGGAAUCUGAAGUACAAGGUCUGGGAGAAGAUGCAGACAAUUGCUCCUUACAGCCCACUAAUUCUAGACCCAAACUCAGCUCACCCAUGCUUGACACUAUCAGAUGACUUGACCAGUCUCCACUACAGCACCCCAAACCAAGGUCUUCCUAGUAACCCUGAGCGUUUCCAUAUCAGCGCAGAGGUGCUGGGCUGUACGGCUUUUAACUCAUCCAGCCACAACUGGGAAAUUGAAGUAGGGGACAAUGAGGACUGGAUCCUGGGCUUGGCCAGUGAGAGUGUGAAGAGAGAUCAGGAAGUUCCUGCAAGACCAGAGAAUGGUUUCUGGACCAUCUGUUUUCGUGAUGAGCAAUACAGGGCGAUGUCAUCACCUCCAACUGCUCUACAAGUAGAGAAAAAACUGCAGAGGGUCUUGAUUCAGCUGAACUGGGACAAAGGGGAGGUGGUUUUCUUAAACCCAUCAUACCAAGAAGUUAUUUACACUUUUAAACAUGCCUUUACAGAAAAGCUACUGCCGUAUUUCUACACACAAAGCAAACAUCCUCUGCGAGUCCUAUCCAAGCCUGUGUUGCUUUCUAUAAAUUAAGAUGUCAAUUAAAAUACUGGAGGGAAAUUAUAUUUAUCUAGAAUAGUGGUUCCCAACUCAGGUUCUUCUAACCCUCUAGCACAUUUUAUUUGGCUACGUCCAAAAACUUAUAAAGAUGAAUUAUUGCCCUGCUGCCCCAUCAGGCAGUUACUUGGAGUCUCAUAAUAAAACUGAUUUGAAACUUCUGAGAGAGCAUAACAGCAGGUACAACAAAAUAGAGAACAUUUUGGUAUUAUCUAAUGCGAACAUUUGCUCACUACAUUACUAACUUUUAAGUAGAAAUGCCAUCAAAAUUGGAAAAUAUUGGUCAAAAUUAUUCAAACACAAAAUUACUCCCAAGCCAACCUUCAACAUGCCAUCUUUACUAUUUAGCUCAUCAGAAAUGGAACACACAUCACUGUAGGAUGUCCAAGACAGCAAAGGUUAAGUCAGAUUAAGUUUUGUUAACAGAUGGAAAGUGAAGCUUUGUUUGGAUUCAUAUGUGCCCUGCCCUUGAUGCAUUGGAAUCUAGUAGUCUUUUGAAGGCAGCCUUUUCUAAAUUUCUAAAUAUAGUCCAUUUGAAACGCAAAUGCAGAUCAUCACCAUAAUGGACACCACUGUUCUAAAGGCAAACUGUGAAAAAGAUAAUCAUUGCUUAAAGCAGGGGUGUCUAAACUCGGCUUGAAGGGCCGGUGUCCUGGAGAGUUUAGCUCCAACC